AUAUACGUCGAGUUGUAACCGCGGUCGCCAUGCCAUGCGGUUGUUCCGUGAUUGACAAUUUCGUUCCUGAAUAUGUCGUUGAGAAAGUGUUUGUGAAAUUAUUAUCUUUGUUUCAAAAAGAAAAAUUUACGGGGUGAUAGUGUCGAAAAAGUGAGUGCAUAAUUACUAUGAAACGACAAGUGACUUUCUUUUGAGAGUUAAAAUCUCGAGUCUUCACCCUGUCGGUUAUAUUGUUAGAGGUUGGAUACAGCAGUUACAAUUUGAAUUUUACUAUGUAUUCAAGAUAUAAACAGAAAAAGGAGGUGAUAUUAAAGAACAUGCGUCACUUUCGCUGAGUCGUGGCUGGCGAGAAAAGGGGAAACUUGUAAAAACAAAUAAAUCGUAGAUGGAUGUGCAAAUUUUUGUGUGAUGCAAUAAUCAAUAUUAAAGAGACGACUCUGGGCUAUGACGUUUGUCUCUUCUGUUACUUAUAAUAAAAAGAUAGAAAUAUAGCAGGAGACGGACACGAAUGUGGAUUGCCACGUACUGGUCGUGUUCCCGUCCGCAGACUACAGUCGGUCCGCACUCUCCUCGGGCCGACGUGACGCGAUACAACGUGCUAUUAUUUGCUGGAUAAAGAUAAGACAAUGACAAUCAACGAAGGAAAUCCUGUGCCGACCGCAACCUUUUCUUCAGAAUCGAUGACCACUUCCACCGGAAGCUUGGAUGAUGAUUCCACAACGACGUCACAACUUUCACCUUCUUCAUCAACGUCCUUUAUCGGAGAUUGUGUUUACAGAGGCGAGGGAAAUGCGAAUAUCGUAGUUGCACUUCCACAAGAGCAGAAAGUAAUUCGAUUUCGGAAAUCGCUGCCAGAUGAUGUUUCAUCGGAUGGCGGCAAACAACGAACCGAACGACAAGUGGAAUUCGCGAGGUUUGUGGCUUUCUGUUUUUUGGGCCCGUACACGCAAGUCCCUGAGAUUCUUCGUUACGAUGCGAAAGACAUUGCUAAACUUUCAGAAGCUAUUCGACCCCUACGAUCAGAUAAACGACGUAAUAAGGAAAUCAUGGACAUAUAUGCCACAACAUUUCCGGAUUACACGUUUCUUCCAAUAAAAUUCAAUACUAAUCUCUUUCCAACUAACAGAACAUUUUGUGUUGAAAUUAAACCAAAACAGGGCUAUCUGCAAGAUAUUGACCGCAAAUUUCAAAAAUGUCCUUACUGUCUGACACAAUAUUAUAAGUUAAGGAACAAGAUGAUUACAUGCCGUAGCACUUAUUGUCCGUUUGAUCUCUUCUCGGGAGUGGAAACUCGUAUGAAAUCGGCACUAAAAGCACUACUAACAUCACCACAGAAUAAUCUCAAGAUUUUUAAGGAUGGCGUUAUAGUUUAUGACCAAGAAUCAACUUGCAGUGAUCUUGAAUGUGUCUUGACGGAAUGGUUUCACAAUUCUAUUAAUUUUACAAAUAUAGAAUACAUUGAUCAAUUUUGUAAUUUAAUUUGCACCGCUCUUUUACGUCCGUUUAUUUUCGAAGAAUUUAAGUCUAAUAUAUUUCCUGCGCAUGAAUUGCGCACAUCUGUUAUCGAACAAGAUUCGAAGACGUCCUCAUACAUUAAUCCGGAUCUGAUAGCAAGAGCUAAGAAAUAUUUGUAUUUUACUGGAGAGACGUGCAACUUAAAGGGAGAAAUAUUGCCAAAUAAUUCGGUACUAGAACGAAUACUUCAUAUGCAGCGGCUACCUUUUAUUAGCUCAGAAUACGUUUAUAAUACGUAUUCAAAGUUUCGUUCAUGGCUAACUGAUGAUAUUAUAUAUUCUAAUUUAAUAAACAUGUUCAAACUUGAUGAUCGAAUAUCUUGUCCCAAACAAAAAAAAACUAUUAUAGGUAUUCCUGAAACAUUAAGAGACACUUAUAUACAAACAUAUGCCAAAGAUACUUCGAUCUCAAAAAAAUCCAAGUUUGACCACGACGAUUAUUGUGGCAACAAACGUAUUAAUAAACCUAGUGAAAAUAUCCUUAUAUCGAAACCAAUCUUAAUUCCAAUUGAAAAACAUAAUUUAUGGUACAAUAAAUGUAGCGUAUUAAGUAACGGAGAUAAAGUACACUGUAACGAAAAAGAAACAUAUUGUUAUGUAAAUACUGAAAGUAUACUAUGCCUGCAGAAUUAUCUCUUAUUUUCAUGUGCUAGAGAUUGUUCGAUAUUGAUGUCAUUUCGAGAAAUAAAUCCGAAUACAGUAUCGCCUAUUCUCGAUAAAAAUAUAAUACAACUUCCGGAUGGACUCAGCUUUGUUUGUGACAUCAGGAUUUCUGACAUAGAUCCGAAAAGUCUACAUUGCAUUGAAAAACAUCGGCAACGGGACAUCGACGUUUUAAAUUCAGUAAUAUCCUUUCUAGAAGAAGAAUUUAUAAUUAAACAUUAAAAGUCGUUUGAAAAAUGAUUACCGUAAUAGUAAUCUUCAACUAUAAGUAAGACCUUACUGUGUAACGUUCCUGUAUCUCCUUUUAAAAAUAUAGAUGUUAUACAUAUAUGUAUGUUUUACAUAUCUCUAUGGUAUAUGUAAUAUUUAUAAAUAUAGAGAACAUAUGUAUAACAGAUAUGUUUUUGUAGAACAUGUAUAAUAUAGAAAUUAUAAUAUUAUUAUGUUACAGUUAUAUUGUAAAGUAUUCACAAUUAAUAAUGUAAAUUCACAAUUGUUCAUUAAAAUAUAUACUUUAUACAUUCAUAUAUUCAUCUAACACAAUCAGCAGGUUCAUUCCUCGGUCGACAUGAUAUUUUAGCUUGUUCUGAUAAUUUAACAGUGUUUCAAACAAAAACUCAUCAGUAUCAGAUGAAGAAUUUGCGGAUGUAAAAGAGCUUCCAAGAAGUUUCAUUUUUCCAUUAACACACACACAGAGGGGGGGGGGGUAUCCUUAUAUUUCUAUUAAAUAACACCAUAUACCUUUCCUGUCAUAUUCUUAAACACAUUAUGUUAAAAAACGAAAUCAGUGAUGCAAUAACAUGUAUCAUUUUAAUUAUCUGAUCCUAAUAACUUAAUUUGUUCCUAAAUUAGUACCUACACCUUGAUCGUAAAUACAUAUCGAUGUUCCUAAACAAAUGAAUGAAUUGGCGAUGAAGUUGUAAAUUACAUUUUAUACAAACAAAUAAAUUAUAUUAUUAUAUGUAAUUAAAAAUCAACUUAUACUACAAAUAAGAAACAGAUUAUAUUGUUAUAGUAUCAGCUAGUUAAAAUGAUAUAUGUUCACAUAUUUAACAAUGUUAUUAAAGUCGUCUUUUUUGGUAACUGAAAAACAUGGUCAAAAAAUACAUAUAUGGUAUCAUUUGAAAAAUAAAGAACGAUUCUUGCUUUUUAUGAAAAAAUUUGAUACCACUGAACUUUUGUUUGAAACAUUAAUUUGUUCGAUUGCCGGAAUCAGCACAAAAAUCGUAAUUCAUAUACCACUCCAUAUAAAAAAAUAAUUACACUAUUAUUUCAUCAAUAUAAUGAUCACUAGAUAAUCUCGGUACUAUUUCUGUUUCAAAUUUUAAAUAUUAAUAUUUGCAUUCAGUCAAAUCAUUAUUUUAUUUAAAAAUUUGGAGAUAUUUAUAUAGUAUCUAAUUAUUAUUAAAUUAAGAUUUGUAUUUCUUAUGAUAAUAAUAUCGAGUUUAAUUAAAAGUAAUCUAAUGAUAAAUUAUUGUUCAUGGAUAACCAUUAGAUUAUUAAAUUUAAUUACCAUUUUGUGCAAGACCACAUAAAACAUACUCUAGGAAGUAAGUAGAAAUGAUAUGUAAAAUAUACGAUAGGAUAUUUACAUACAUGUCAAAAGUAAAGUUGCACAUUUUUUAUAUUACUCAUUUAUGAUACAUUAUUUGAAAAAGACUGACAAUAUUGUAUUUUAUUUAUCUAAAUGUGCAAGUAAAUUGUUUGAAAAGUUCUCAUAUACAUAUAUAGAAAUGUAGCUAUUAAAGUUGGAUUUCAGAUUUAAUAUGCAAUUUGCAAUCUUAAUCAGAUUGUAUUUCAAAUUAAUAUUUAACAAAAUAAAAUGAAAGCAUGUACAUUACGUGAAAAUAUUUGGAACCGUUUACUUAAUAUAAAUUAUGUGAAUGCACAGACAUCACAUAAAUUUAUAAUGUACUGUAUAUCACAUCAUGUUUUAUUACUAACCUAUAUGCGAGUAUAUAAAUAUUUAACGAAAUAAAAAUGAUUUACAUUGUUUACUAUUAUUAUUAAUAACCAGUAUUAAAUUGAAAGCUAGAGAUUUUAUAUAGUACAUUUUAAAUUAUUUGUAAGUUCCAAUUUCCAUUAAAACAUAUAUCAAUAUACGUUAAUAAGUAAUAAAUGCUUUAAUCGAAAACGUAUUCAUACAUAUGUACCUCUGUGUUAAAUGAUUUAAAUCACUCCUAAUAACAUGUCACUUUUGAAUGAU